CGGCCGCGAGCGGCAGCGUCCUCCCGGUGCACAGCAUGGCCGGCGGUGCCCCGGGCCCGCCGGUGAAGGUGCUGGCCGCCCAGCUGCGGGGCGCGGUGCGGGGUGCCGGUGGGACGUGGCAGUUGGUGCGGGCGGAGGCGGGCCGCGCACCGCUGUGCCUGCGGAACGUGUGGAUGCAGGGCACCGUGCUGGAGGUGGAGCGCGGCGGCGGCCGCGGCGGCUCGGCCCGGCUGCAUGAUGACAGCGGCCCCUUCACCGUGCUCGGGGUGGAGGAGGUGCCCAAGGGGCGGCCCUGCCUCAGCGCAGGGAAGUACGUAAUGGUGAUGGGUGUGGUGCGGUCCUGCAGUCCUGAGCCUGUGCUUCGAGCAAUAAAGAUGACAGAUCUUUCUGAAAACCCAGUGCACAAGGAUAUGUGGAGCCUCGAAGUGGAAGAUUUGCACAGAGUCAUCCCUUAGAUAUUUUUUCUUCUGCCAAAAAUAACUGGAAAUGUACUUUUUUAUUAUUCCCCCCCCCCAUCUGCUGCAGAGCAUUGAGCCAUUCUGUGUAUUUGCAGCUUCAAACAAGCACCAGUCACUCUCCUGGAGUAAACCAAGGUGAGAAGUCAGGCUCAGAGUUAAGUGGAGGGAUCAGUCAUAUCUGAUAAUAAUCACAGUGUACAUCUCUUUCACAGUCUCUUUUUAUACCAACAGCUUUGAGAAACACUUGAUGUACUAAGAUGCCUGUGCUAUUAAAAUUACUACAUUUCUACAUA